AUGUCGUCCGAAGUCGAGGAGACCCUGCGACGCAUCCAGUCGCACCGCGGCGUCAAAGGCGUGCUGAUCGUGAGCGCGCAGGGCGUGCCGAUCCGGUCGAACCUCGAGAACGAGGAGACGAACACCUACGCGGCGCUGCUGUCGCAGCUCGCGAUGAAGGCGAGCUCCGUCGUCCGCACGCUCGACGAGACGGACGAGCUGACUUUUUUCCGCAUUCGGUCGAAGAAGCACGAGAUCAUGAUCGCGCCCGACGCCGAGUACUUGUUGAUCGUCAUCCAGGAGACCGCGAGUUGA